GCGGGAAGCUCCGUUGUGGGCACCGCGGCUGGUGGCUGAGCUCAGGCCUCCAGGCAGAGGCGAGGCGAGGGCGGAGCGGUCACGUGAGAGCACUGCCGCGGUGGGUUGUGGGAGUGCUGCGGCGCCAUUUGCUUUGCCAAACCGACAAAAGAGAGAUCAUGGCCAACGAUGCCAAGCCCGACGUGAAGACCGUGCAGGUACUGCGGGACACCGCCAACCGCCUGCGGAUCCAUUCCAUCAGGGCCACGUGUGCCUCUGGUUCAGGCCAGCUCACGUCGUGCUGCAGUGCAGCAGAGGUCGUGUCUGUCCUCUUCUUCCACACGAUGAAGUAUAAACAGACAGACCCAGAACACCCGGACAACGACCGGUUCAUCCUCUCCAAGGGACACGCUGCUCCCAUCCUCUAUGCCGCUUGGGUGGAGGUGGGUGACAUCAGUGAAUCUGACUUGCUGAACCUGAGGAAACCUCACAGCGGCUUGGAGAGACACCCUACCCCCCGACUGCCAUUUGUUGACGUGGCAACAGGGUGCCUAGGACAGGGAUUAGGUGCUGCGUGUGGAAUGGCUUAUACUGGCAAGUACCUUGACAAGGCCAGCUACAGGGUGUUCUGCCUUAUGGGAGAUGGCGAAUCCUCAGAAGGCUCUGUGUGGGAGGCUUUCGCUUUUGCCUCCCACUACAACUUGGACAAUCUCGUGGCAGUCUUUGACGUGAACCGCUUGGGACAAAGUGGGCCUGCACCCCUUGAGCAUGGCGCAGACAUCUACCAGAAUUGCUGUGAAGCCUUUGGAUGGAAUACUUACUUAGUGGACGGCCAUGAUGUGGAGGCCUUGUGCCAAGCAUUUUGGCAAGCAAGUCAAGUGAAGAACAAGCCUACUGCUAUAGUUGCCAAGACCUUCAAAGGUCGGGGUAUUCCAAAUAUUGAGGAUGCAGAAAAUUGGCAUGGAAAGCCAGUGCCAAAAGAAAGAGCAGAUGCAAUUGUCAAAUUAAUUGAGAGUCAGAUACAGACCAAUGAGAAUCUCAUACCAAAAUCGCCUGUGGAAGACUCACCUCAAAUCAGCAUCACAGAUAUAAAAAUGACCUCCCCACCUGCUUACAAAGUUGGUGACAAGAUAGCUACUCAGAAAACAUAUGGUUUGGCUCUGGCUAAAAUGGGCCGUGCAAAUGAAAGAGUUAUUGUUCUGAGUGGUGACACAAUGAACUCCACCUUUUCUGAAAUAUUCAGGAAAGAACACCCUGAGCGUUUCAUAGAGUGUGUUACUGCUGAACAAAACAUGGUAAAUGUGGCACUAGGCUGUGCUACACAUGGUCGAACCAUUGCUUUUGCUAGUGCUUUUGCUGCCUUUUUUACUAGAGCAUUUGAUCAGCUCCGAAUGGGAGCCAUUUCUCAAGCCAAUAUCAACCUUAUUGGUUCCCACUGUGGGGUAUCCACUGGAGAAGAUGGAGUCUGCCAGAUGGCCCUGGAGGAUCUAGCCAUGUUCCGAAGCAUUCCCAAUUGUACUGUUUUCUAUCCAAGUGAUGCCAUCUCGACAGAGCAUGCUGUUUAUCUAGCCGCCAAUACCAAGGGAAUGUGCUUCAUUCGAACCAGCCAACCAGAGACUGCAGUUAUUUAUACCCCACAAGAAAAUUUUGAGAUUGGCCAGGCCAAGGUGGUCCGCCACAGUGUCAAUGAUAAAGUCACAGUAAUUGGAGCUGGAGUUACUCUCCAUGAAGCCUUAGCAGCUGCUGACCAUCUUUCUCAACAAGGUAUUUCUGUCCGUGUCAUCGACCCAUUUACCAUUAAACCCCUGGAUGCCGCCACCAUCAUCUCCAGUGCAAAAGCCACAGGCGGCCGAGUUAUCACAGUGGAGGAUCACUACAGGGAAGGUGGCAUUGGAGAAGCUGUGUGUGCAGCUGUCUCCAGGGAGCCUGAUAUCCGUGUUCAUCAGCUGGCAGUGUCAGGAGUGCCUCAACGUAGGAAAACUAGUGAAUUGCUGGAUAUGUUUGGAAUCAGUACCAGACACAUUAUAGCAGCCGUAACACUUACUUUAAUGAAGUAAACUAAGCUUAUUUCUAAAAAGUAAAGUCUAUUGGCUUUGGCCCAAAAGCACUGGUAUCUUUGUAUUAAAUUAAUGCUUAUUGUUACAAAACCAUUAUCUAUACCUAUACAGUUGUACUGUUUCUUUUAAAGCAAAGCCAUUUAACAUCUUUCUUUUUUCCUAAUUUGGAAAUUAAAGUUUACCUUUCUGUUAAUCUAUGUAUAAAUGUUACUCUGAGUCAUUAAUGUGGAUUUUAAAAUUGUAAGCAAUAGAAAAGGAAAUAAAACAACUACCUAAUACAAAUAUUUCUGAUAAGACUACAAAUAUCUGACUGAUUUGGGGAUUAAGGUAGAGGUAACUAUAUCUUAAAUGAGUAUGAUUUCCUUAUAAGUUAAAAAAAUUGAAAUUUAAUUGUAGACUUCAAUAGUCCAAGUUUUGAAGGAUAUUUGAGCUUUUGUAUAAUGCCAUCCUAUACCUGCAGUUUUACAAAUAAUGUUUGACUGCAGUUGCCUUGGAAAUUCCUCCAAAGUUUGCCUUCAUGUCUCCUCUACAGUUUGCAGGUGAUGGUGCAGCAGUGGAACAUCUCAUGAUGCACUGCACUACUUGUGUUCUGUGAAGAGAUGAAAGUAUAACUGGUUCUAGUUUGCACACUACACACAUAGUUUUGUGAAGCUUCAGAAAUGUUUUUCCUUUUCCUUGUGGCCAAACCAGUUUGUUAAUCUGAUUAUAUUCAUCUACUAAUGAUACUAAAGUUAAUGUAAUAAAGCAUUUAAAAAUCAGA